AAAAGAUUAAUCUACAAUUAAAAUUAAAUAAAUCAAAGCCAAAAGACAAAAGCAAGUACAAAUGGAGAUUGGUUUCAAUGCAGCGGACAACUCCGCGGGUCGAAUCAGGCAAGCAGCAGCGGCAAGCGGCAGCACUGGCGGCAACGCAGCACCGACGGCAAGGCAAAAUCAGUGACAAUGAUGAAGUUCUAGAGACGGAGAUUCUGUUGUUGCCGGAGAAGAAGAACAACUAAUUUUAAAAUUCUUAAUUAUCAUCCAUAAUCUCAAAAUAAUUUAGUUUCUAAAAU